AUGGAGAACCUUGCAUGCGGCUGCAGGGACGAGAAAAAGCCCCACUACCAGUCCUUGGAUGAAGUCUUGUCUAGUCAAGUGCAACCGGCAGAAACAGAAGCCAUCCUGGCUGGUGCCAGCUUCAGAAUGAGGGGCAACAAAGCACAUGGAGCUCUCAUUGACACCCAAGCUCGCCCUGGUGACUCAACCUCACCACCACCACCACCAACAACACAACCACGUCUGACUGCGACUGCGAAUGCGGCUGCGAUUGCGUGUGCCCCUUCACCACCAUCGGCCGGCGACGACUCAUUAUACCAAAUACCAGCGUCGGUGGUGAUUCUGUCGCGUCCAGGCUCUCCCGCUACUUAA